AUGCCGUUCUUUUCACGAGUUUUCCGGAGCAAAGACUCCAACGCGGCCAAGAAACAAGCGAAGCCGGCCGUGGCUGCAGAGCCGGCCCCGACGCAGCCCAAAUGGACAGAUGCAUGGCAGCGGACUGAGGUCGCGCCAGAGGAGGUGCAAGACCUCGUGCGAGGUUGUGCACAGGAAUUGAAGGCUCGAGCUCUCGGCACGCCAUUCCUUCUCCUCCCAUUCCGUCCGAGCUCCGAUCCUAGUGCAGCCCGCACUUUCAUUCGCAACUACUUCAACCAGUCCUUUGAGAAGGGCUCUCCCGUCAGCGGAGAUACCUUGGCACAGGAACUUCGGCUGAAUGAGCCGAUGGUCCUUUGCAGUGUGAUGAAAUGGUGCUGGAGCAGACUCCCUGGUGGUGUUGUUACAUGGGAGGCAUAUGAGUUGUUUAAAGUCGGCGAGCAAGAUUCGGAUCUGGCCCGCGACGCUUUUUCGACCUUCAUCCCGAUCAGUGUCGACUCGGAUGCCCGGACCAAGAUCAUCUUCGACUUCUUUGACCUCCUCGCUGCCAUUGCGGCACACGGAAAAUCCAAUGGCCUGGGAGGUCGCAAACUCUCGCGAUAUGCUGGAUGGUGGGCCUUUGAGCAUGUCGAUACGGGCAGUGGGUUCGAGUCCGCUUACAAAAACUGGGCUGCUGCGGCCGAUGCUACGAGUCACUUGUUCUUCGCUUACUUGCGUUCGUUGUCUCCCGAUGUGCCUCGCGGCAUGACUGGCAUCUCAUCGCUUCCGAUUUCCCUUCAAACCCUGGUUGAAGCAACCGAAUAUCCGCCAGAGACCCCGACCCUCCUGCAGGUCACCACCACUAAGGUCGUUAUGAUUGUGGACACGGUCUCUCCGACGCCCUUUGCCUUGCUGCGGCGCGCGAAGAAUUUUGAAUACCGCGACGAUGAUUGGCACCUGCAAGAAUUUGCCAACUUUGACGACCCCAUCCGUGCCCUGACUGACGAGUGUCUCCGGGUGUUGAAGUGCAUUUCGUCGACGAAUGAAUCCGCUGUCUCUAGUACGAAGCAGUCAACCAGUUUGCGGGAUGCGUCCUGGUCUCGUUUCGAAGACAUUGGGUUCGGGGGAUCCAUUGAGUCAGACCCGGAGGAGGAAGAGGCCACGGCCCAGGCGGCAAGGUCGCAGAGUGUGUCUGCGGGUGAGAUCAAGUCUGCGCCUGAGUCUGGGGAAGGAGAGCUUGCUCGUCCAACCACUCCAUCCUGGGCGGACUUUAUGUCGUCUGGAUUCUCGGAUGACACGAGCUUGAAGGCUCCAGUUGCUCCGUUGCUGUUGCCCCCGGAUAAGGUUCUGCCGCCCAUCACGUCGGCCCGGGGUCAAAGCUCGCAGUCCCACAAGCGCAACCUGGAUAGCGAGCCCUCGCUUGAGCCGGCUGAGCUGGCUAGUAUCAACUCCUUUGACCUGGACGACUCGUUCUGGUGGGUGUGGAUCAGCAGCUUGUCGGGCGAUGAACCCGCCGCCCGCAAGGCCGUGUUCGGUCGGUGCGCGCUUCUCGAGACAGUAAUUCGGGAUACCAAGUGGCUGGUCCUUGAGGAACAAGUGAAGGGCGCUGCACCUGAGCCGGAGGCCGGGGCGCAGAUCGUCGAGAAGAAGCGGUUCUUCAGUUUUGGCAGCCGCAAAAACAAGCUUGGACGCCGCAAGUCCUCUGCCAAGAAGGUUUCUUCGAUUGAAGAGUCGUACAAGCGGCCCAACAACCAAGCUCCGCAAAGCAAGACCAGCAUUGGACCUGAUCAGCACAAGCGAAUCCAGGCGGCUGCGGCGGCUCUUCAAAAGAAGCAUCGCGAGCAAGACGCGGAGUCGAAGGACAGCCGAGCCAACUCGGGUGAUAGCCGCUUCUACUCCAAGACCAACUCCACCAUGACACUUCAACCCGGCAUUGUAAACGAGGCCUCUUCGGCCAUGAAGUGGGCGAAUAAUUACGACAAGAACGCCUUCCGAGCUGCUUAUCUCAAUAACAGCCGCGCUGCACCCUUUCGGUUUCGCCCCAACCCAGUACGAAGGCUGCUCCGUCGCCCCCUCCCAAGGACACAGCAGCCUCGACCCCCCUCCCGCCCUCCCCCCGAGCCGCCCAAGAAGACCGUCAAGGUCACUGCUCCUGGCGAGGACAAGGGCGAUGCAAAAGCGGCGGUGACUGAACAGCCUGUUGAACCGCGGGCGCAGGAACCCAGCGAGGACACCGGCAAGAAACUCAAGAAGAAGACCGGGAACUCUGGCUUUAAGAGUAUGUUUGGUGCCGGCAAGAAGAAGAAUGAGCAGCCGCCCAUGAAAUCGACGGGUGCUAAGGAAACGUCUGCGGUGGCCGCGGCCCGCGCAGCUCUCGAGGCUAAGGCGAAGGCCGCUCAAGAGCCGGCUCCCGGCUCUCCCAAGCCUGCUCCAGUGAAGAAGAAGCCUGUUCCAGAAAAGCCUACAACCGCGGAGAGCACCGAGCCUGCAAAGCCCUCGACUCCCCAACGCACUGAGGAACCCCCAACGGAGCGUGCCGCGGAGCCUGUCGCAAAGCCCACUGCGGAACCCCCAACGGAACGUGCCGCGGAGCCUGUCGCAAAGCCCACUGCGGAACCCCCAACGGAACGUGCCGCGGAGCCUGUCGCAAAGCCUACUGCGGAACCCGUUGCAGAACCAGUGGCGGAAGCUCAGAGCCCUGUGCGGCCGUCUACUUCUCUGGAGAAUGGCGGGCCACCGAAGACCAGACACGCGGUGGAAUACGAUGCUCUCUCUCGCGUCGAUACCAACGAGCGCGAUGCAGCCGACCAGGAAUUCUCCAAGUUCGAUCAGGGACCGUUGGUCGAGCAGCCUGCAUUUGUCCCGGAGGAAUCUCCCCCAAGUCCUGAACCGACCCCACCGCCGGCCUACAGGGCUGAGGCUCCUCAGACUCCCACCAACGGCCACGAGACGAAGACCGAGGUCGGCACCGAGUCUGAGCCCUCGCCUGUCGAGCAUGACCGGUGGGCGCAGAUCCGUAAGAACGCCGCCGAGCGAGCGGCUGCGGCCAGUGAGGAGCCCGAGACCCGCACCAGCCAGUCUGAGCGGACGGACGAGGGCGACACCAGCGGAGAAGAGACCAUUGAAUCUCGUGUCGCCCGCAUCAAGGCCCGAGUGGCCGAACUGACCGGCAACACGGACGAGGUUCCGCGGUGA